AUGCCGGACGCUGAGGAUUCCAGCGCCAGCACAAGCAUCAGUUCCAGGCUUGUCGGCAUGGUCUCCAUGUCGUGUGGCCUUGUCUCUGAUCCGCCGACGCCCCUCCCCUUCGGAGGUCACGCUCGGCCGCGGGCCCCCCCUCCGUGCGAACAAGAUUCCCGGCUCCCCAACGCGACGCCCGCGCCUCUCCUGGCGCAGACGGAGAGGCGCCAGAGGGCGGGAGGGCACGGGAACCCACUGCCUACCGCUACCCCAGGGUUUUAUAACCGCAUUCGGCAUUUAUACAGAGCACGCUGCCUGUCCUUGGAUCAUGGUGACGAUGAUUCCCCGGCCGAGAUCGCGGAGGAAUUGGAAGGGUUGAGUUCAGCGGCGGCGUCCACUUCCCGCGACCGGCAGUUGAGCUCCGAGGCGCAAAUGGACGACGUGAUUGCUGGCGAGCGUUUCACAGCCCUGGACGGGGGAGCCUGGGAUCCCAGCAUCGGCCUGCACUGCAGUCCUAUCUGUACCUUCAUCCAUGGGAGGUAUCCGCACGAAUACAGGCACACAUGCACAACGCCUAACCGGAAAGCUGCCAUUGUGCACCCCAUCGCAGGGGAGCACGUGUCGCGGCCACAGUGCAUCAAUAGCUGCCGAGACGCCGAUGCAUGCUCGUCCAGUCCUGUUCGUCUGGGUCGAUCAUGGCGCGCUCAUCAGUCAACAGCGUCUGCACACGCAAGGCAUGCCUCGGCCGGGCAGCCCGCCACAGGUCAGGUCGCGCGGCGCCCACCGCUCAUCGCCGCCGGCCAGCGCGGGGCGAGCGCUUCACCGGCCUGGUUAUGCUUCACGGUGGAGGCCCAAUUGCCAGACCAGCCCAGCCCGUCUGCUGGCCGAGAGCCCUGGACUCCUGGAGACUCCAUUCCGCGCCGCACGUCCGCCACUGUCGACGCAUCUACGGCCACCAGUUCUCGCUCGCCCGAGCGCUCACCUCGCCUCACCCGACGGCAGGCUCGCGCAGGCGCAGGCGCAGGCUCACCCAAAAAGGACCACGGCCACGGCCCAUGGAUCCAGCAGCAGCCGGCGGAGCCCACACACCCCCCCAAGACCCGACCUGAUGAUCACCUCGACACCGGCCGGCAGCCAAUGGCGUGGCUGUCCUCCCCCCACCGCCAGGCCGUCGCAACAGUGCGAGCGCCAGCGGCCCAAAGUGGAUGUGCUGACGUGACGCCCAAGGGGGGGCCUUCGGGGCCUCCACCCCCAGCCCGGUUUGCCAGCUUGACGCCCCGCGCCUGCGCCUGGACCGUCACCAGCCCCAACGGCCGAACCACACCCAUCGCCAGUCGCCGCUGCCUCCCGGUAAUCGCAACACUUGGGGCGCCGUCGAAUGCAUUUAGCCCGCAUAGUCUGUGUCCAGCGCCCAGAGCGCGCCCAACAUCCGUGGGACCUACUGCCAUGGCCUGCUACGCGCGCACCCCCCCCUCCGCCCCCUCUCGCUCCUGCCGUGCCUCAGCGCACACGCACACCCCUCCGUUCCCCGUGGCCCGUAGGCAGGCAGGCAGGCGGCCUGUGCCUGUCCCAAAAUAUUAUUUCUCGUCUUCGCUGCAUGUCGCGCGCGACUCUGCCUCUCCUCUCCAACUCUCCCGACCCCAACGACGACUGACUGUGCAAUUCGUGUUCCUCGACUUCGCCAACAACCCCGAGCAGCGCUCCCACAGCCCAGGAGAGGCUUCGCUGCCGCAUUCCUCCUCCACCACUCCCUCGGUUCGGCGUUCUGUCGUCUCGCCUCCCUGA